AUGGAGUUGGGAGAGCAGGAACACAAAUCUUUCCCUGGUGCCACGGCUGCAGAGUGUGCCUCCAACCUGAAGAGAAUCUACCAAGUGCAAACAGUGCAGAUAUUCUGGAGUGUGUACAAUAAUAUCCCCCUUGUGACCACCCUGCCUGUGAGAUGGAGCUACCAUUUAAUGAGAGGAGAGAGGCGACCUCUUUGGGAAGACGAGAGUAAUGCAAAGGGCGGCGUGUGGAAGAUGAAAGUCCCCAAGGCCAGCACGUCCACAGUUUGGAAAGAGCUGUUGUUAGCCACCAUCGGGGAGCAGUUCACCGACUGCACAGCGGCAGAUGACGAAGUGAUAGGAGUCAGUGUUAGCGUUCGGGAACGAGAAGAUGUCGUCCAAGUCUGGAAUGUAAAUGCCUCUUUAUUGGGUGAAGCAACUGUGUUAGAAAAGAUCUAUGAACUCCUGCCCCACAUAUCUUUUAAAGCAGUAUUUUAUAAACCCCAUGAAGAGCAUCAUGCUUUUGAAGGUGGACGUGGAAACCACUAAUUGCACUCUGUAAAGAAUUCUUUGUCCUUUGCUGAUUGGUUUUGGAAACGGUCUUAACAGGAGGGAGAGUGAAGGAAGAGAAGACUUGCCGAAGCCCGAUGCUGGUCAAUUUAGAGUGGGUUUCUGUGCUUGCAGACUGGGCAAUUAGAGGACUCGCAGUGGCAGGUGGGGUGGGGGAGAUGCUGUGGGUUUCUGCCUUCAUAUCACUUGCUUUGUUUUAUUUUUUUUUGAUUUUUCUUUUUUGGCUUUUCCUUGUUUUUUCACUCCCAAGUAUUCUUUUUUAAUUUUUUGCCUUGAAAAUUUCUUCAUUCAGGCUCAUUAUUUUCAACAGUCGCCUUUCAUUGAGGCACAGGAACUCAGUUUCCCUUUGAGUAACUCUGCUGUACCUAGUUAAUGAGAGUAUACAUCAUCAUGACAAUGCUGCUUUGAAACCACACUGUAGGGGAAGGAAUACUAGCUUGGUGAAACCUGUCUUUUGAUUAUUUGUUGUGACACAUUCCUGCGUGCUAUGAGCUGGGCAUUGUUGUUGUUGUUGCUGUUGUUGUUUUUUGUUUUUCUUUUUCUGUCCCAGAGAAAAGAGAAAAAAAUCAUAUUCAAACCUGAUGUUGCAAGACAGCACACACAUCUUUUGUUUUGCCUUCUUAAAACUUCAGAGGUAAAGGAAAAAAAUUGGUUUGCCUGCAUCAGGAUCAGAAUUACACUUUAGGUUUUUGGAUUCUUUGUGCAAAUAUUUCUAACCAGAAUCUCAAUCCGGUCUUUUCAAUGAAAGAGAAGUAGUUGCAGGCAAUUUUAUCCAGUGGUGAAUGUGAUUUUUCUGACUUAAAGUGGAAGUGAUAUUUUUUUUUACAUGUUUGAUUUCCACUUCUUCUAAAGUAUAAGGGUAUUUAUUCACUUGGGACUUUCCAGAUGAAUUCUAAUACGUUUUGUAAAGCCAUCUCCCCUUCCCCUCCUCUUAGGUAUCAUUUCUGAUACUCCACAGCCCUCUAGCCUUAGGUGCCUUCCCUCCCUUUUCAAGCAGGAGCAGGAAACUUAAGUCUCACAUCCAGGCUGCAUGAAAACACUCAUAAAGUUGAACUUUGCGUGCAUCCUGUUCAUAUUAAUGAUGAGACUUGUUGUUAUGUACUGCAUUGGACUACCAAAGAAAUACUGGCUUCAGUAGAAGGAACUCUUGGAGCCCUGAGACCCAUUUGGAACAUGCCGAUUUCCCUGUCUUAACUUUGUGCCCAGCUUCUUGGUGCUUUUACCUGAGAAGGAGUGGGGCCUUUUGAAAGCCCUCAACAGGCUCACUCCUGAUGGCUUCUUGUGGGAGCUGUGGGAAAUAGUUUGCACUUAUGCAUUUCUCCAAAGGGUGGUGCAUUAGAACUCCCUGGAACUCGGGAUUUUUAAUACCUCUUGGAAAUGUUGAGCAGCAGAGAGAGGCAGAACUUCUCUCAGCCUCCCUCUCACAUGUAUUUUGUCAAUAAAGUUUCCCAUUCAAAUGUU